AUGCAAAAGUCCCGGGAUGAGUACGCUGUGGCGGUGAUCUUCGCCAUGGGGCUCGAGUUGGGAGCCUUCAGGCCCAUGCUUGAGAGGGAGCACCGAACCCCCAAGCGACAGAGGGGGGACCCCAACUCGUAUGUAGCAGGCGAGAUCAACGGUCACAACAUCAUACUUGCGUUUCUUCCGGGCACACAGGGCACGGUUGCCGCUGCACGAGUAUCUUCGAAUUUGUCCCGCACCUUUAAACAUAUACGGCUUCAACUCCUCGUCGGCGUGGGAGGACGCGUCGCCGGCGAGGACGAAGCUACGCUGCAGCGGCGUGACAUGCGCCUGGGCGAUGUUGUCGUCGCGAUGCCGGCCAACGGACAUCACGGUCUUGUGCAGUACGACCUAGGCCGCGAUCUCGAUGGCGGAUUCCAGCUCAAGGGAUUCCUGGCACCGUCUCCCGAAUUCGUGCGCAGCGCUAUCAUCGGAUUGCAGACCGACCGCGAGAUGUUAACCCGAAUAUCGGAGCACAUACGCGCUGUGCUUGAUGGAGACGACGAAGACGGGAGAGAAUAUGGCAGACCUCCCGCCUCGACCGACGUUCUCCUCCUACCAAAUGUACCGCAUGUCUCCCAUGGAUGCGAUUGCAGGAACCUCAUGUCACGAUAUGCGGUUCGACGUGCGCCCCGUGCCAAGCCAGACAUACCAAAGAUCCACUACGGGCUGAUCGCCUCGGGCAAUAGUGUUAUUAUGAGCAACGGGAGCCGGCGACGAAUUCUGAAUCAGCUCAAUAACUACGGGGAUGUACUUUGCUUCGAAAUGGAGGGGGCAGGACUCGCCACCGAAUCCUCGUGUCUCGUCAUACGCGGCAUCUCCGACUACGCAGACCCUCACAAGCAAAAGGGCUGGCAAUGCUAUGCAGCCCUGGCAGCAGCCGCAUUUGCUAAAGAGCUGCUGCUUACUAUUCAGCCUGACGAGGGGGAGGCAAACUCCAGCGACACCGACAAUAGCGAGUCGAGAGACGAAUGCGCAACUCUAACGCGAGGCGUGUACCGCCCGAGACAGAAAGUACGCGAGCGAUUGUUUGCAACCAAGUACAGAGUGUGA